UCCUGGUUCGCCGAUAUUUCGCGAUGAUUGCAAAACCCCGCCGAUAACACCUGCCCCACCAUCAACGCCGAAGAGUCGCGGUAAAGGCGUUGGUCCGAACAACUUUCAUGCCAUGACCGUUUCUGUGGCGCAAACAACGCAAGGAGGCUCCAUUAUUACCGCCACCACAAAACCGUGCACCGCUUCGAGCUGUUACGCUUCCACUCGUACGGCCGCUAUGAUGGCACUCGCAUUGGGGCAUCGACCGACAAGUCCUGCAAUGGCAACAACAACAAAACCUGCUGCAAACAAUAGCAAUCACACAUCAUCAUCGGCGAACAGCAAAUACAAUUCCAACUCCAACUCUAGCCCACCAUCAGCCGGUGUCACAAACAAAUUUCCACAGUCGGUUCAACGCAAUUCCAGCAACAACAUCGCAAACAAUCGCCACACCACCGUUGCAGCUGUGCACAUGAAUGGUGGCACUGGUAGUGGUGUGGGACUUGGCAGUGGCGGCAGCGCUUCUAGCGGUUCGGAUAAUGACGGGUUCAACACCUCGUCAUCGUCAUCGGCCACUGCGCUGCGUCGCUUUUACUUUAAGAGUGGCCGUAAAUCAAAAAUGAACUCCACAGCUACCACUUCGAUGACCAGUAUACCGUUGAAUGCCAUUACCACAGCAACUUCUGCGUUUCACACGUCGAUAAGUGGUGGACUGCCGCCGACAGCUGCUGCCAGCGCUGGCGCUUCAGUACCAAAGGUUGUCAUAAUGGGUUCCUCGUCAGCUUCCAUAACCGAUGCCAACAUCAAUACAUCAACGGAUUCGGCUUCGACGUUGGUGACUAGCGUUACACAUACAGACACAUCAGAAACGUGUGACUCACUGGAUUUGGGUGAUAAUUCGGGUCAGAGUGAACCGUUGUUCAGUUCACUGGAAGAACCAUUGCUGACCGCCAUACAAAUCGACUCCGAGCACGAAAAUGGCACCGAACUGGAAUUAACGAGUUGCAACAUUUACAAUCGACCGGAUAUGAAUGUCCAGGAUAGUACUGAGAGUCAAGAGUCAUCGCUGUCCAUUCUCACGAUUGAGCCAUCCUCAACCACACCGCUGCUAGCCUCGAAUCGCCGUCAGCAGAGCAGCAAAUGCGGCACAUCCGCGCCACCUGCCUCUAAACUAGCAGCCGCCACCGCCACAAUGACCAGCAACAAUAAAGAGUGGCUGCCUAAAACUGCACCGGCGCCCAGCAGCGGCACCAAACACUUCACCUUCGAUCCACCAACAUCGCCGAAGUCGGCGCGCACAAGCGAAAAGUCACGCACACAUUUCAGCUUCAAGGAACAGCAAAUACAUCAGCCAGUACAUCAGGCACGCCGCGGCUGUAAUUGGGAGGAACAACGUAUGCACACAACCAAUUUCAUUGAAGAGCCCAGUCCCACAGCAAGCCGACGUGAUAACUCACCAAAUCGCAGCAAAUAUCGAGCUUAUGCUGCACAGCGUCAUGCCGCUGCAGCCGCUGCGGCACACGCCUACUACGAGCAACAUCAUCUUGCGGACGAUGAGGAAUCCUUGGAGGGAACGCGUAGCAAGAAAUCACGUUCACGUGAAACGAGCACCAGCACCAGGCAACGUUUCCCACCGGGCAGUAGUGGCACCGCCACUAGUCCAAAACGCGAACAGCGCCGAUCGCCGUCCAGUUCGGCGCCUCCCACUAUGAAGGAGGGACACUUUUUCGCUACCGCUAUCAGUAAACCAAAGCAGCUGUCGCCUGCCUCACAACAGCGCAAGUACUCGUCUAGCUCCUCGUCGGGUGGCAGUGAACGCGGACGGGAACGCGCUAAGGACUCAACAAUGUUCCCGUUUGAUCGUGAAGCCAUCGAUUACGAUCGCAUACAACGCGAAUGCUUCGCUGUCGAUGAAAACUCCAGUUCGGCUACCACAACCAGCGACUCAGACGAUGCAGAGCCAUGUUCGGUGUAUGAGCGCAAAAUGUCUGUACAUCAUAUAUCGCCGAGUAAAAUUGGCGAGGUCUUUCAGCAAUACAAGCUGCUGGCACAAAACGAGCAAAUGCCACAAACGGCAGAGGCGCAGCCUAGCGGACCACCGUCGCGCAAGAAUUCGAAACGUAUUCGACCCAGUUCCGUAAUCCAUGCGACAAUACGUGAAAGUCAGACAUAUGUGCCGCAAACCGAUGCUUUCUAUCCGCAGAAGGUCAAGCAACAAUCCCCAAGCGAGUAUGCAGCACUGUGCCCGGGUGCCGGCGCUGUGGGAAGUAGACAGCAUUCGCCCAAAUCUUAUAGUGAGUUAAACAAGUUCGAGGAGAUCGCCUCGAAAUUUGAGCAGAUUCCACCGAAACAACAGCCGCAUACGAAGUCAACGGGUGGCGGCGGCAGUCCAUCCGGCAGCAACAAUAAUAUGUUGAUUGGCAGCACAUUACAGGCAACAAAUGGCAGUGCCAACAACAAUGGUGUUGGUAGCGGUGCCAGUGGCGGUAUGGUAGCGGGUAGCGUGGCACCAACGUCAAGCCCAACCGGGUCAAUGCGCGGCAUGAUAUCACCGCCACUGCCAAAUCUACGUGUGGACUUCUUUGCCGAGGCACAAAUGAUGCAUCCACGCAAGCGUUCGUCCAAAAAGAAAUCAUCAACAGGCCUUACCAGUGCGACGCACGACAUUUUGGAUGACAGCCAAAGGGGUGUUGGCGGAGGUGUAGGUAUGUUGCUGGCAGCUGGAGCAAGCAGCGCUGGGCCCAUCAACGUCACCUCAAAUCCAAUGGAUGUGGCAGUGUGUACACCACCGCGUGCCACCAUUGUCGUGCAACAACCAUCUCUGAGCUUAGACAACACCGUGGAAACGUUGCUUAUCAAGAACGAAGGUGAUUUCAUCAGCGUCGAGCAGGGCAAAGAGACAUUAACGGCAACGGGCGCAACAGUGGUGGCAACCGCCGGCACAGCACACGUGCAUGCACGCAAACGUAACUCACAGCAACUGCAACAUCCACCACAUCACCCGAUCACCGCACAUCAUCAACAUCAGACAACUGCACAGCAGCAGCAACAACAGCAACAACAACAACAGAAACGUGAUGAAAACAUGCGGCAAUUGUUAGAUGUAACAAAUACGUUGACAUUCGAAGAGUUACGUGAUUUUGAAAUGCGUUAUGGUUCACCACAUCAUAGUCGUUCGCAGUCGGUGAAAACACCGGGCAGUCGUGCGUCAGGACGUCCCAAUCAACUAUGUCUGCCACAACAGCGUUCGCGCGUCGCUUCAAUGCCAAAUACCGGCGUCGAGGAGGAGUACUAUAGACUGAGACAUUUUUCCAUCACUGGCAAAGGUGUAGUAAAUCGCGGUGAUUCGCUGAAGAGUCGACGUAGUCGCUCGAACAACAGUGUAGCGAGCUCAAAUUCGAGCACGGAGCACUUGACCGCCGCCCAAAUUCCAGCACCGAAUUCGGCACGCACAUCGGCCACCUGCAGCUUAGCAUCCAGCCGUGAGAGCAGCACCUCAAAUCCAGGCAGUGGACCAUACAGAGUACUCAUGCUCGGCGGCCCAGCAGUGGGCAAAAGUUCGCUGGUCUCACAAUUCAUGACUUCUGAGUAUUUACAUGCCUAUGACACAAGUAUUGAUGAUGAAUCUGGUGAAAAAGCUGUCUCAGUAUUACUUAGCGGCGAGGAGUCCGAAUUGAUUUUCAUUGAUCACGCCUACACAGAAAUGAAUCCUGAUGAUUGCCUAUCCAGUUAUGAUCCGCACGGUUAUUGUGUCAUUUAUUCGGCUGCUGACCGCAGCAGCUUUACUGUGGCCGAGCAUGUGCUGCAAGUAUUAUGGACGAACCAAAAUAUCGCACAAAAAGCUGUUAUAUUGGUGGCAAAUAAGGCUGAUUUGGCGCGAAGCCGACUGGUAACAACCGAUGAGGGCAAAGCCAUGGCCACUGCCUAUGAUUGUAAAUUCAUUGAAACCUCGGUGGGCAUUAAUCACAAUGUCGAUGAGCUAUUGGUCGGUUUGUUGUCACAGAUACGUUUGAAAUUGGAAAAUCCGGAAAAAUCAAGGGAUCUAUUCCGCAAACGUUCGAUUCGCAAGUCUAAGCGUCGUGCCUGCUCUCCGCUAAGCGGCGCCUGUCUAACUGGUGGCACUAACCCCAACACUCCACUGGGACCAAUGAAUAAUGUCAUUUCCGAUGUAAAUACACCGCCCGGCAGUGCACAAAGCAGUCCUCGCAAAUACCGUGGCUCCCGUACAUCAACCAGCCUGAAAGUGAAAGGUCUGUUGGGCCGCGUCUGGGCGCGAGACUCUAAGUCGAAAAGCUGCGAGAAUCUGCAUGUGUUGUAAGCAGCUAGCAAAGCGCUCUCACGCUUUCGUUCACUCACCUGUUCAACAUGUG